UCAAACCAAGUGCAUCCCCCGCCAUAGCCGCCAUAGCUUCCCUACUGCCUGCUAUUGCUUCCCUGCCUCACUCUCACUCACUGAAUCAACAAGCCAAACGGCGUGGUGCACUGUUGUUCGGACCGUCAGAGCGGCUCGUUAACCCGACCCUUCCAGCUCGGGCUCGUUAACUGUCUGCUCCUAGUCAUCGCACAGCCUGAAAUCACCCCUGUACCUUGACAAUAUUCCGCCGAUGGCUCAGUCAGUCGCCGCCAUGGCCUCGCUUUGCGCAGCGCCAUCCACGGCCCUCCCCCGUGCCGGCACCAUCUCGCAAGCGCGCCGCCACACUGAGAGGGCACCCUUCUCGUUCCACAUCCGUGCCUCCACCAACCCUUCGUCGUCGUCCUCCUCCUCUUCCUCUGCUGCCUCCCACCCACUCGCUCGUUCUCUCACAGCAGCCGCUGCUGCGGCUCUCGUGCUGCUGCCUACCGCGUCCCUCGUGCUGUCAGAGCCUGCUCUCGCAUUGAGUGAGAGGGAGCGGUACGAGCAGCUGGACAACAACUUCAUGCAGUCGCCCAUUCUGAAGCAGCUGCUCAAGCAGAGCGAGGAGAACCGCGCCAAGAACCGGCAAGAGAUCGAGGACAAGUACUGCCUGCGCGGAGCUGAGUGGGGCGUGGGCGACUGUGCAGUGGGUGAGGAGAUGUCAGCAGAUGAGAAGAAGGACUACCUGGAGGCGUUGAGGGAAAUAGUGGGCAAGCAGGCAGCAGAGAACCAAGCAGAGAGGCAGGCAGCAGAGGAGUGACUUGAGUGAUGUUGUCAACAGGGUAUCUUUAUAUCUACAACCAAGUUAUACAAGGGGUCUUCUGAUUCAUCGUGGUGUGUAGUACUGUGGUAUAUUGGAGCUUGUUUGCUGUGGCACAGGUAUGUAUGUACGGUAGCUCGCAUUGACUAGCUCAUGUCUGGUCAUUCUCCAAUUUUGGU